AUUCUAUCAGGUUGUCCCGAUGGAUGGCAGUCUGGGUUUGGAAAAUGUUAUAAAUUUUACACAAACGCAAAAAAUUUUCAGCAGGCAACUAACUAUUGUGCCGAUAUGAAUGCCAGCCUCGUAAAUAUUGAUUCAUAUGAGGAAAACCAUUUCUUGUCCAAUAUUCUUAAGAAUUCAAUGCCCGGUAAGUUUGUCUUUUUAAUGUAUUUCUUUUUUUUAAAAACUUUGUUGCUUAUACAAGAUGGAAUUGCAUAUGCUUCAUUUCAUUUUAAAUUGUUGUCAUAUGAAAGAAAACGUUGGCCUAUACAUUUUUUUAAAGCGUUUUCACGAGAUUGCACACUGGAGAGGAAGAUAUAUUAAAACCAACACAAAAAACAUAUGGAGAUAUUACUUUUUAAAACUUAUUUUAAAAUGUGUUUUAGAUAUCCACCAGUGGUACACCGGCGGAAGGAAAGCUGGAAAUGUUUGGAAGUGGGAAAAGCGGACGCCAAAAAAUCUAAAUUCAAGAAAAAGAAACGUGGCCAGAAAAAGUUCGCCAUCUUUGUUUAGAACUGUGAGAUCUCCAAUCAACCAACUCAAGUGGUUUCCG